AUGAGUACAACUGCUUCAUCUACAACCACAAUAACUGGAGAAGCAACCAGCACAACCAUAGCAGCCUCCACAACUCCAGGAGUUGAUGCCACCACCUCACCUUCAGUCACUGGUACCACAUCUCCUUCUGGUGCCACCACAAGUGUACCAAGUGCUCCCUCUACUACUGAAUCUGGUACCCUGACCAACAGUGAAGCUACCACCCAGACUCCUGAUGCUACAACUCUGGAGGAUAAGACCACCACUGAGUCAGCAGAUAGAACCACUGCAGCUACCACCACUCCAGCUAAAGGUGCCACAACCCGUUCAGGUGACUCCACAACCUUAGAAGCCAGCACUACACCUGUUGGUACUACUGCAACAGUUACAUCAUCUGCAACCACAACUCCUAUAGCAGUUUCAGAUGCCACAGAUGCCACAACUACUGCUAGUAUGAGUGUAGCAGCCACCACUACUCCUGCUGAACCUGCUUCUUCAACCACUGAAGCUGCAUCUCCAGGGGAGGAGGAAACUACUGAAUCUUUAGGGACAACUGCCACUACAACUCCAUUGGGUUCCACUUCCACCACUGUAUCUGAAGAUUUAACCACUGUACUGGACCCUACCACCCUAGAACCUGCAACAACUGCCCCCACUGAGGAGGUCACUGAUACCACAGCAGAUAAUACUACUGAUGCUGCCACGACUCCUUCUGCACAAUCCACACAACCCCUUGAGGAUCCCACACUUGCAGGCUCAGUUGGAACCACCUCUGCUGUUGACAGCAGCACACAACCACCAUCUGCUACUACGACUACAGCCAGUAUACCUACAACGAGCCUUACCGAUCCUUCCCCAUAAUGAAAGCAAUGCCGUGGUACAUCUCAAGCAUCUUGAUAACAGGUCGUAAUUUCCCUAAAUAUUAAACUUCUCAUUUUAAUUUUUACCAAUAUCGCCUCAAGAAUUGACUGCAAUCACACUUCAGAAAUGAGACCAUUCUAGAAAUUCUGCUUGUU